UGCCAUGCGAAAUUUAGUUCUUAAGCGAUAGACUCGAGAGUUAAGAGUGUGAGGUUACGUAUCUAUGGAAGAGAAUUGAAGUUUAAUAUUCUCGUUCCAGCAGUGGUGUUUCAAAUUUUAAAAUAUUAACUUAUGUGUACGCGUAUCUAUUAACAUGACUUUUAUAGAGGAAGGCAAAAAACAGAGCCAAUUGUGAACUUCUUUUGUGGGCUUAGUGAUACCUGUAUUGAAAAGAAAUGACAGAUCUUUCCAGGACAAGAGGUGUGUAUGGCAAUCACUAUGACCGCUACAUCAGUCAUUCAGAUUCAUCAACCCUGACACGGGUUCAGCAACAGUACUGGGCUACCAAGCAAGCAGUGUACAGGAAGCUUGGAAAAAAAGAAGAUGAUUGUAUCAUAGCCAGUGAUGCUGAACUGGAUUCAAAGUUACAGUUAUUUGAAGCAAUCAGUGAAACAUGCAACACACUCAUGAGAGUUUUAGAGAACUACCAGGAUAGGAUAUGUGCAUUGUCUCAGGAAGAGAAUGCAAUGGGUCGAUUUCUAAAGGAGUGUGGAAAACAUGAUAAAACAAGAGCUGGGAAAAUGAUGACAUCAACUGGAAAAACACUGAGUUAUACAGCUCAACAGAGGUUGUCUCUGAGAGUCCCUUUGGUAAGAAUUUAUCAAGAAGUGGAAACCUUUAAUUACCGAGCUGUUGCUGACACUCUUCUUACAGUGGAGAAGAUGGAGAAAUCAAGAAACACAUAUCGAGGUGCUUUGAUGUGGAUGAAAGAUGUUUCACAGCAACUUGAUCCAGACACUUACAAACAGUUAGAGAAAUUCCGAAAGGUCCAGAGCUACGUCAAAAAAACAAAAACCAGAUUUGACAAAAUGAAGGUUGACACACUUCAAAAGGUUGAUCUGCUAUCGGCCUCUCGAUGCAAUAUGCUCUCUCUUGCUCUUGCUACAUACCAGUGUACACUGCUUCAAUUUUGGGAGAAAACCUCUCACACAAUGUCAGCUGUAGCUGAAAGUUUCAAAGGAUAUCAACAUUAUGAGUUCUCUAUGUUAAAGGAAUUGACUGAACCAUCAAAAAAACUAGCAGAAGAAACAUCCAAUUCUGAGAAGCCAGUUUCUGAGGAAAAUAACAUAGAUACAGAUCAGUUACUUUUCUUUGAGUCUGAAUAUCAUGAUGAAGAGGAGGAAAAUAAAGAAAUUUCAAAGAAUUUACAGAAGAAACAUUCUAAUCUUCAAGGCUUGUUGUCUUCACCAAAAAAAGAAGUAAUGCCACCGGAAAAAAAUCAUAAAUUUUCUUCCAGUCAGGAAUUAUCAGGAAUUGAUUCUACAGAAAAUACUGAUAGUAAUAUGCCUUUACUGAAACUGUCUGAAGAAACUCAUACACAUGCUCAGUCAAUACAUUCUCAUCAGACCGAGUCUGCUAAAGAAAUCAAAGCAGCUAAAGGAUGGCAAAAAGACUUUUUGACUGACAACCCAGAAAUAGAAGAUAGUGAAAAAGAUGACCUGACACUUCUGAAUGAAAUCUUAAAUGCUUCCAAAGACAGCUUACCUCUUAUUCCAAAUUCUUCUGAAAAUGAAGACAGCUUUUCUCAUCAGUGGCAAGCUGCUUUUGGAAACACACCCCAGAGCCCACAGAAAUCAUUUUUGUCCAUACAAAACAAUGAAAUGGAUCAGUUUGGUCAUCAUCAGUCAAAUGGUACUGGAGCUUGUGGAAUUUUACCUUCUCAGCUCCUGGAUAUGACUACUGAUAUAUCAAACCUUCAUUUAAAAGAGACUGCAGUGUCUUCUGCCUUGGAUACUUGUAUGGAGUCUCAAAUUGUACCACUAGGCAGUAAACAAGAGUCACAUGGAAAUCAUAACAUAGCUCAGUCAGCAACUUCCAGACCAGUCAAACUGUCAACCUCGGAGAAAAGGGGUUUGAAACAAGAUAUGUCAGCAUGGUUUAACUUGUUUGCUGAUCUUGAUCCUUUGGCCAAUCCAGAUGCAGUAGGGAAGAAGGAUGGAGAAGUAGAAGAGAGGAAUUGCUGAAAAUUAGUGACAUUCCUACUAAAAUAUAACCUAAUAUUCUGAAUUUCUAGUCAGUGUGAAUUUUUCCUUUUUUUUUAAAACUAUUUUUUGAAUGUUCCUUAUCUCAAACUUGGUAACUUAAUAUAUUUGGGUUUUGUUGUGUAACACCGGAAAAUUAAAUAAUCACCAGCUAGCUUGAAAUGCUUGACACUUAUUUGAAUAUUUUUGUGUGGUUUAAGGUGUUUAGGUUUUUUCUUCUUUUGUUUGUCAUACUUUUUUGUUUAUACAUGUGAUAGACUCUACAGGUUAUUUUUUGAUAUACAUAUAUCUAGUCAUUUGUCUAAUCAGAAAACCCUUAUUAAAAAGCAUAUAUUUUACACUGCACAGGAAAGAGUUUUAUUCACUGUAUCAAACUUUUUUUUUCCUCAUGUAAAAGUUUUAGCAUAUCUAUUAGAAUAAAAUAAUUUUGGUACUUGUGCUAACUUUGAUCUAGUAUCUUACAAGUUCUUGUCGAAAGACAUUGGUAUUGAUACUGUUACGGCAUCAUACGUCUCAUCUCUCAUAACAAAAGUUUGUUUUUUUCAUAUAAAUAGUUACAUUUCUGCUUCAGUAAAAUGUCAGUCAUCUAAAGGUACAAGUACUUUUUUUUCACCCAUGCCAUAGCACUUUGUUAACUGUAAAAUAGAUCUGUUCCAAGCACCUAACCUCUGAAUGAAUGAUUAUUAGAACUUUUGGUCAAAAGUAUGCUAAUUAUAUAGAACAAAACUAAAAAGUAAUUUAUUAAUUUAUGUAUCUAAACCUGUAAAUUAACCAACUAAAAGAACUUAUUGUCAUAAACAAGUACACCAGGAAACAAAAAAAUUUAAUGAUUAAAAUGUGUUGAAUAAUCUGUUAGUAAUAUUUUCAGUCAUAAUUUCAAUAUCUCCCAAGGCUCAGUCAGCUUAGGCUUUUUCUGCUAGUCCUAAAUCUACUUAUGAAAAUAAUAGUGCAAAGUAAUUGUAAAUUAAUUACAUAAAUAUUCAAAUGUGUUUUCAAACUAAUUAUAAAGAAAAGGUUAUUACUUACAAAACACCUUUCACUUGUUGUGAGAUCCACACAAGUUAUAAUUUGAAUAUACUUAAAAGUAUUCAUAUAUUUACACUUCCAGCAUCAAAAAAGUAAUAGAAGUUACAAAAAACAGUCUAAGCAUUGUUAAAUUUUCUGUAUUUGCAGAAACUACUAUGACAUGCCUAUAGCCUUUUUUGAAUGUUGCCUUGUGUUCUAUGACUAUAUAUUUACAAACAAUAGGCAGGGUUAUUGAUAUAAAUUUUAAAAUGUGUGGCAUUAAAAAUCUAGCAUCCUGUGCACAUGAAUAUUGACUUUUUAUAAUAUUUUUUCAUUUCACUUUUUAAGGCAACGAUUUAUGAAUGAGUUUUCUUUCCAAUAAAUGUUUAAAAAACAGAGAGAUGUAUAAUCUUAAUAAAAUGUGAAAAAUCAGUGCUUAAAAAUGUGAGAUAUGUUUUUUAGUGUUAAAAUAAAGGAAAAAGUUAAUUUAGAUACGAAAUAGAGCCAUUAUUAAAAUAAAUUUCUGACUCUU